GCCCGGCUGCGCUUCCCCUUCCCGGGCCAUGGCGGCGGCCUGCAGUCCCGGCGGGGCGGGAGCGGCGGAGCGGGCGGCCGAGGGCGGGUGAGGCGGCGGCGGCGGCGGCGGGAGCGGGAGCGGGAGCCGGGCUGCCCUGCCGGCCUUUGUCUCUCAGAACGCGGCCCUUCCUGUCGCCCCGCGCAGGUUGCUGUACGGCGGUAGGAAUCUCUCCUCUCCCGGCGUCUACGUCCUGCAGCCGUGGAUCGUCGGCCUGCUGGUGAACCACGAGCAGGCGGAGGGCAAGAAGUGGCUGACGGGGCAGGUGCUGCGGGUUUUGAGUGGCUCGAGUGCUCCUGGCCAAGGCGAAGCGCAGCAAGAUGCUGUCCUGCAAGUCUCAGACGGCUCCCACUACAUCCGAGUGGUCAUUACAGCAGAAGCUCUGCAGGCAGAAGAAAAGUGGGUUCCAUCGUGGCUCGGCUGUGGCUGGGACUGCAGCUCUGCAAAGCUGCUAGUGGGGCUCCCGCCUGGCCUUGUUUCAGUGCCCACAUGCAGCUCAUGCUUUCCAGCCUUAUCUGUAGACUGAUCACCCUGCAGAAGUACACAUUGUGUUUCCGGGAGGAAGCCAAGCUGGAGGACUGCGAGUUUUAUCUCACCGCCCAGCGCUUCGUCGUGCUGCCCAUGGAGAGGCAGAGGAUGGAUUCAUCAAAUGUGAACCAGGAGCCCUCUGUGCUACAGAAGAUAAAGGAGCUCUGGAUGAGGAAUCUCUCUAUGGGGACCACUCCUAGCUCAGAGCCAUCCCUCUCUCAGCUAUUAGAAGUGAUAGCACAGGACCAGCUUGAGGUCUUGAAGGAAAACGCCGAGGAGUGCUUGGAUUUGCAGGUGCCCAAAGAGACACCCUCAAAGGAGGCAGACAGGCUUCCUGUGACCCGGUGGGAGGCAGAGCUCCAGAAAGAGCCAGAUGAAGACAUCUUCAUAGUCCCAGCCAACAUCCUGGUGAUCCCUGCUGAGGACGCAGUGGUUGACUGCAAUGCUUCCCAGGCAGUUACCUGCGGAGCAUCUCCUGAGAAGACUGGCUACGAAAUGACAGUGCCAGGCGAUCAGAGUGUCGUACCCCGGGCCAGGUCUGUUGCAGGGCUAGGAAUAGACAGCAGCAUUCUUGGUCCUGCAGUUCAACCCAAUCACUUCCUGAUCGUGGUUGUUGCAGCUGCAGAGUCAACAGCAUUGUCAGAGGACUCAGAGGCAUCGCUGGACAACCCUUGGAACAGGCUGCCCCCCAUGUCCUUGACCCUGUCCUCUUCAGAAGAGAAGUCCCAUCUGUGUAGCUCUCCACGUGCUCAAGAGGCCCAGCAGGAGGUGGCUGCCGACAGCAACACCCCUGACUUGUUGGAACCUUGUAGCCAUGACUCUCCCCAGGCCUUGCUGCAGGAUGACUCAGUGCAGACUUCAUCUCCCUCACUGCUCGCCUCGUAUUGCAGCAUCAGCCCUGUGAACGCUGACAUGACCCAGGCAACAUCAACUGCAGAGGCGGCCUGCUCUGCCCCUUGUGCUGCUCGAGUCCCCCUGGGGCCAGAGGACUCUCAGGCCAAUGUGUCAUCAGUCUCUCCAGUUUUUCCUGUCCUGCCCAGCAGCCACUUGGCAUCCCAUGCUGAACGGGCACCUCACCAGGAGCAGGCGGACUCCAGUGGCACAGCUUUCCCUCUGUAUAUGCAUAAGCAUCACCUGGGUGAUGCCAGAGACAGGGGAGGAGAAUCCCCAAGGAAGACCGGAAGGGCUGUGGGGGCCAAGAGGAAGCUGGUGGUGGGAGGUGGUCAGGCUGUUCCUCACCCGUGUCAGUCCCACGGUGGACCGCAGCACAGAAAGCCUCCCCAGCGUCCCUCUAAGGGCAAGGGGAGAGAAGUGGGCAGGAAUCUGAAGUUCAUGAGCCCACAGAGAGCAAAGAAGAGCAGAAGGGAGAUAGGGCCACAGUGUGAAGAAGAAUCCGUUGAGGAGGAGCUGGACGAAGAGGAGGGGUUGGAACCGGAUGAAGAGGAACCCGAGGUAGAUGAAGAGGAGGAGAAGGAGCUGGAUGAGGAAGAGAAAGAGGAAGAAGAGCAGGCAUCCUCAUUGACAAGUCCCAGCUACCGCCUGGAGCGGCACAGAGAGCUGCAGCCGUAUGUGAAUGAGAAUCCACCCCGCUACAAAUACGAGCCGCCCAGCCCUGAGCUCUGCAAGCAAAUACAGUCCAUCAGGCUCUCCAAGGCGAUGAUGAUGUGGGCGAGCUGGAUUGUCACAGAAAGGGAUACGGAGUGUUGAGAUGAGACCACGUGGAGCUCGAGUGUGCUCAUCUCCUUUCUUCAGCCCGUUCAGCAACCUUCCUUUAAAGCUGCACGUCCCUCUGGGGCUGCUGGGUGGUGGCUGGCCAGGCGUCGGGGACCCUGGCAGUGACAGCGCCGGGGCCAUGACCUGGUGGAGGCCAGCACCCUCGGUUUUAAGAGGGAGGAUGCCACCUGUCUGGGGAUGCUGCAGUGCACGAGCUGGGCUCAUUCUCACCUCAGCGCUGUGCUGCACCCGUGGCCUUUCCAUUGCAGCCUGGAGCAAACGGCCUGCAAGGAGGGGACCCGUUCCCACUGUAGCGUGGGCAGCAGCGAUGGCAGAUGUGGGCACCAGGCCCUGGAACCUGAUCCCCUUCCUGAAGCCAGCGCAGCGUUUGGACAUUUAUUGACUUGGUUUCAUCGAGUUCCACACUCUUUCUUACAAAAUAGCCAGCAAGGUUGAUGUUGUUAAAAUUAAAAGUCAUAUUUUUUAAAUACA